GUGUGUUGUCGCAUCAGUGCAAGCGCUGCAGUGUGAUGUCGUUUGGUUAGUUCUUAUUUCAUGUAUUUUUCUAGUGUAGUGUUUCGUCAACUCUUUUAUUAACUUUUUUUUGUUUUUACGUCUGCUGAGCUUUUGGGGUGUGUCUGUGUGUUUGAGCAGGCUGUUGUCAGUCGUCGUCGUUUGUCUUGCUUCGUUGAUCUACGCCGCUAGCCCUUCUAUUUAUUAUUUUUAUUUUUUCCCCUUACCUAUCUGUGUGUGAAAACAAAGCCGUUUCACACAGGCAGCACCGCCGGUUGUGCUUCUCUGCUCCCACGGAGCACCCUGCUCUUUUCUUUUCCACAUUUUCAAAAGAAACAACCGCCCCUCACCGAGAAGACGCCUCGCUCACAGCCAUGUUCUACACGUACGCAGAGAAGCAGGGCAACGUCUUCUUUGACGGGUGGCAGAUGCGCCAGCUCGCCUUCGACACCAUGCGCCGCCACCUCUACUACUCCGACAGCGUCACGCCGGAGAAAAUUGCCUACCCCAACGCCAACGACAACCCCUUCCCACCGGCGACCUCCGAGGACUCCUACACGGACGGCGAGGAUUCCUAUGCGAGUCUGUCCACCGCCGGCGAGAACCCGGCCGUUCCGCACAUCAACGUGCGUCCCCCGCUCUCCCCGGUGAGUCAGCAGCAACGCUUCAACGAGGCCCCGCCGCCGCCCAACAACCCCGAGGACGUGCUGUGGAGGAAGAAGAUCAAGGUAGACAUGAUUGUGCUGGUGGGCAAGGAGCACGCCUUCAUCCUCGAGGACACGCAUUUGAAGGAGACGGAUCUGUUCCAGGUAGAGAUUCAUGGAGAGGUGCGGCCGCUGGCGCAAGGGGAGACGCCCGCGCCCGGUCCGCUGCUGACGCCGUCGUCUGGGCUGUCCGGAUUGCCGGAGCGCUUCACCGUCGAGAACGACGAGUUUAUUCGCGAUCCGUUCUUUCUGCGGGAGCUGUACGAGGCGCUGCGCGAUCAGUUUGCGGACCUGCGCAUGGAGCGGGAGCGGGCGGAGCUGGCUAGUGGGCAGCCCGUCCUGCCACCGAGCGCACGCCGCAUACAAACGCUCGAGUCACCGCACGCGAAGAACGGCACGGCCUACCGUGGCAGCCGCAUCAAGGUGGUGUUCCGCAUGCGCACCGACUACGAAUUCCGCCGCUUCUGGUACGUCGUGCAGACCGUCCUGGGCUACGACAAGCUGAGUGCGCGGCCCUAUCGUGGACUGCCCCCGUACGACCCCCGCAACGGGCUCAUCUUCUCCAUGAUUCCGAUGUGCGUGUGGCACACCUUCAAGGCACUCGACAAAGCCGUCUUUUACGCCUUCCUGCGUGGGGAUUUGGUGGGCCGCAACGCGUCGGGUGGCCUCUGCGUGGCGCUGCGCGGCGCCUACCUCUGCAUCACCCACGACACCGUCCUCUUGGUGCGCGACACCGGCACCAUCCCGCGCUGGAUCAAGCUGCAACAGGUCCGUGAGUUUCACUACAACGCCGCGAGCAGUCGCCCCUUCGUGGCCUUCCUCUCCGAUCCCGGUGCGCCGGACAUCAUCUUCCUGCCGCAGCCGCCCAUCUACGGCCCGGACGCGAUCCGCCGCUUUAGCCCCUCGGUGGAGGUGCUGCGCCUCUACCACAUCAUUCACGAGACUUGCUUCGCCUCGCUGGAGAUCCGCCGUGUGAUCGACAUGGCGGAGAUUCCCGAAAUGUCGGUGCGGGGGUUUGUCGCACGCUACGAGCGGGAGACCGGCCGCCACCUCGACUUCGACCCCGCCGUCGGCUACUCGAGUUCUCUGAGCUGCCCGCUGCCGAAGGAGCAGCUGGCGCAGGUCUGGCGGGAGGUGCAGAGCAUCUACGCCUCACGCGACCCGUCUGUGGUGAGUCGGGCGGCCAUCCCGCUGUACCGGAACAACACGAAUGACACGGACCUCUCGCGGGAGCAGCUCGAGACCCUCUCGCGCCGUCUCGCACGGGAGCGCGCCAGCAGGGAUGACAUCGUGGGUCUGUCCCUGGAGGAGGCCCACCGUAUUGAGGCGACAGCGACGGCGUCGCCGUCGUCGCAGCAGCCGCGCCGCCGCGGCAACACACACUCGGCGCACUCCUCCCAUCGCAACCACAGCGACUCGCAAUCGGACGUUUUGUCUCCCCAGAUGCGGCGCACGAGCAGUGAGCUGGUGGCACCGCCCUCCUCCCUCCUUCCUCGAAGUAACACGACCUCCGUGGCGGAGUUGGAGAGGGACGCUCAUCUACACCGCGAUCUCAGCCUCCCCCACACGAGCAGCGAGGGCUGGAAUGACGGCUCCACGUCCGCGGCCUCUCCUGGGUCACCGCUAGAGAUGGCCUCCCCCUCUUCCCAGUCCGAGAGAGCAAGUCGCAGCCGUGCGAACCGAAACAACAUUAGCAGCAGCGACGUGUACGCGUCGCCGUCGUCGCCGAGCCGUGGGGCGGACACCAUCCCUGGGAGUCCAGCCGCCGCAACGGCAGGAACGGCAGUGGCAGGAGCAGCGACCACCUCCUCCACCACAAUCUUUCCCCAAACCUAUACCACCAGGACGCAGAUCCCUGCCAACCGGCUCGAGACACCGCAGCUUGGCACCGACAACCCCGUCCCAACCGUCAACUUCGGCAAUACCCCAGCGAUGGGUAGCUCGCCUGGGCUGGGCAACGCCAGCUUCGCGAGUAGCUGCUACGGUGCGUGCAGCGUGCAGUACCAGGUGCCGGGUGCGCGUUACCUGACCGCGGAGGAGCUGAAGAAGGCGGGGACUGACGUGGCGGUGGACCACCAUGCCGUGUUGAUGAGCCAGACCCCGCUGGGACCCGAAGGGGCGGCGCAAGCCUUCUUGACCAACUCGGAGGUGAACGUGGAGGAGAUUAUGAGUAAGAGUCUCACGGCCAUGCAGGCGGCGGGGUGCCCAGCAGGUCGUCGCGAGCCGCUCAGCAGUUCCAAAGGCUCGAAGGGCGGCUCCUCGCUGUCGAAGCCCGCGUCGUCGCUGCCGGGCAAGCGCCAAACGGACGCUGCCAAGCCGACACAGAAGAAGAAGAACGACACCUCCGUGGAGACGUAA